AUAAAACCAGUUGUGUACGCAUAAAAGAGAAGGGUCUUGUGGGAAGCCUGGUCAUUACAUGGUUAUCAGCCGAUGAAAGUGUGAACAGAGCGUGUGAUGCGGGAAGAUAGUAGUUGGAUGACUUGUGGUUGACGGAAGGAGAGAUAGAAAGAGGAACAGUGUGACGAAGUAGAAAACUUCACAGGAAGACCAAUAUGUAGGAAGAAUCCUGACCAAACGGCCACAGUAGUAGUAAGAAGCACAUGAUGGAUGAAAACCCAGCUGUUCUUCAGGAAAUGGUCACAACAGAGCAACAGCCUCAUUCUGAUGAACCAAAUCCAGUUGGCUGCAACAAGUACAAGUACCGCAGGCUCUUCCUGCCUCCCUUUGCCUUCUCUCUCUUCGCAACUGCAUUGGUUUUGGGGAUCUAUUCCCACCUGCAAAAGACUGCAGAUCCCUGGAUGUCAAAAUGGAAAUCAGCGGCUCCUCCUUGCCUCUCUCCUGCCUGUUUAAGAGCAUCAGAGCAUUUUUCUGUUGCCAUGGAUCCAUUUUCUCGCCCCUGUGACUACUUCCUGUUUGCCUGUGGAGCAGGUGGACCUUCCACCGACAGGGGAAGACAGAGGGUCAAGGGAGAACUAAACAAAAACAGUAAAGAGAGGACAGGAGGCCUAAUGGAGAUGAGAAGAGAGACCGAUGGUUGGAGAAAAAGUGAUGGACAGCUAAAUAAAUUUCCAGACAGACAGACUGCUUUACUCACAGCCAUUAAAGAAAUACUAGAAGCUCCUGAUGAGGCUGUUUCUAUGGGUGCAGCUGAACAGACAGCAAAGAAUUUCUUCAAAUCCUGCAUGAAUGCAGAAUCCCCAGAAAAAAUGGGAUCAGAACCUUUCCUCACACUACUCCAGCAGUUAGGUGGCUGGGCAGUAUCAGGUGUUUGGAAUCAAACGGAUUUUAACAGCACCCUCACCCUGCUGAUGGGCCAGUACUCUACCUUUCCUUUCUUCAACGUGUAUGUAGGGCCAGACCCUAGUGAACAGCAAUCUGCUUUCAAUCGACACUACAUACAGAUUGAUGAGCCUCAUUUCCAAUUUCCUAUUGAAUGGAAUAGCAAGACACAUAAAGCCAAAGCAAAUACUCGGUAUCUGCGUCCAUUCUAUUCAGCCUGUGGUCAGUAUUUGCUUCUCUUAGGAGUUCCCUCUGAUCGAACCACUCAACACUGCGGUCUCUUUGUAUCUCUUUCCACGACUCUGGCUGUGGGCACGUUCCCUCUCUCCUACCGCCUCAGUCAAAAAUUACUGUACCACAGAAUUACCAUCCAAGAGCUUCAGACUGAGGCUCCAGCAGUUGAUUGGCUUGCUUGCCUACAAGCCACAUUUCAGCCACUUCUUAUCAGCAAAUCAGAUAUUGUUUUAGUCCACAAUCUCCCAUACAUAAUCCACAUGUCCAAGACAAUCCACCUAUGGCAAGUUCAGCAUAAGCUGAUGGGCACUGGUCCUCUCAACACAUAUAUGAUCUUUAGUCUUCUGCAAACACUCAUACCUGCACUGGAUUCAAGAUUCUUCCAAAUAAUGAGAAAUUAUUCCAUUGCAACAGGAGACACACAGGAGAUGCCACACUGGUGGCGAUGUGUUCAGCAGACAGAGCGAGGGUUUGACACCUUACUUAGUCAUGCUAUUAGAGAAAAACAUGCACAGAAAGAGGCUGAAGAGCUGAUUCAGGAUGUUUAUUCAUCCCUCAAGAAGAAACUAACAGAUUUGAGCUGGAGGGAUGAAAAAGCAUCAGAUUUUAUUUUGAACAAGAUAAAUUCACUUAAUCCAAGAAUCUCCACCAACACAAAUAACCUCAGUUAUACAGAACUCAACCAUCUCUAUGAAAAGGUCGUUUUGAAUGAGGAAGACUUUUUCUCUAACUACCUGCAGAUACUGUUGCUGGAGCAGAAGAGCAGGACCAGAUUGCUCUCACUUGGCACACAGACUGAAGGUUUGUCUAUGACUCCAUCCAUCUCUGGUAAUGACAUCAUCGUCCCUGUUGGAAUGUUUGUGUCACCAUUCUUCCAUUCCUCAUAUCCCAGAGCCCUCAAUUAUGGGACACUGGGAUCACUAAUGGCUAAAGAUCUUCUCCACCUUCUGCUCUCUGAUAUCUACACGCAGGCAAAGAAUCCAGAGACUGAGAGUCUGUGUGUGUGGUAUCAUUAUCUAAGUGCAACUAAGGGUCCAGGAUGGGGUGACACAUUCACUCUUCCGCCGUCUAAACAGCAGGAGGUUUGGGUGCAGUACUCAGCUCUACAGGUGGCACUAGAUGCUUAUAAGAUGAGUUUCACAAGGUAUCUAGCAGAUUCAUCUUUACCAGGCUUCUCUUACAUUCACUUGUUCCUCACCUCUUUUACUAAGGUAACGUGUGACACAGACGCUUACCGUGAGUUCAUGCCACUUGAACCAUCAUUCCUGGUGACAGUCCUGUGUUCAAACUCAGGUCUCUGCCCAAAACCACUGACCUGCAUGAAUAAACCUCAAAGUUUUCCUGGUGAAAUGUGUCAAAGCUGAACACAUGUCCACUGAGACCUGUUGGAGCUGGUUUGGCACUAUUGAACUCUUGAAGCUGCUCGGUGAUGUUUAGGAAAAAAAGAAGAAAGUCAUUUCAGAGAUUAUAAACCUUUUUACUUGAUAAGUAAUGGGUUUAUCAUAACUUGAUAAGUAAUGGGUUUAUGUCACAUAACCACAUUUUUCCUCAAGUGACCAAAGACUAUACAAGAAGGUCCAGUUGCAUUACUCUGCCUGACAAAAGCUCAAGCAACUGACUUGUUGCAGUUACACUGGGAGGAGUGUUUGUGCUCAAAGGCAACUCACAAAUCUUAUUCCUGAGACAUCAUGAUUUUAAGUUUAACAAAAUAGAGAGUGCACUCAUUUAUGAUCUCAUUCAUUCUUGAAUUUUUUUAUUCUUUAAACACAAAGGAAGAUAUUUUGAAGAAAGCUGAAUACCUUUAACUGCAAUAGUAGGAAAAACAAAUAAUAUGGAAGUCAGUGGUUAUGGGUUUCUUCAAAAUAUCUUCUUUUGUGCUCAACAGAAUAUGAGAUAACAUCAAACCAGUUUGGAACAAAUGAAGAGUGAGUAAAUGAUGACACAAUUUUUAGUUUUGGGUGAACUAUCACUUUAACUGUCAUGAAUGGAACACAUAGGAAUAUCAAAAGUAGUGAAGUGUAGAGUGGAACAUCAAAAGCAGUGAAGUAUAGAUCUCCAAGCAUUCUCGAUAGACAGGAAGUGAAGGUAUAUGAUUCAGGCAUGCCUUGAUACUUUCUUGGAAUGCAUCCUUCCAUAUUGUAGCUUUAUGACAGCCUAAGAAUGGGGAAAAAUUAUAAGUUCAACAUGGCCACCCAAGAAAAGUAUGACCCACCUUGCAAUCAAACUAGCCCAUCAUCAAUUUUUACUGAGUGAUGGUUCUUUGAAGGAGGGGUUUGUUACUGAUUUGCUUGUUUUUCUAAAUAAUCCCUGUAGCUUAAACUACUGUGUGUCUGAGCUGCGUUUGAAAGGAGAAAUAUUAGGUUGCAUUCUACACACAUCCUAUCACACAUCGUCCUCUGGUCUUUGCUCUAGGAGCAUCUUUGAGUAUCCUCCAUAGUUUGGAGCAAACUGGAAAAAAAAAGUUUUUUAAAUGUAAUUAGAGCUUAAAGGAAUAAUUCACCCAAAAAAAUACAGUUAUGUCAUUGUUUACCAGUGGUGGAAAGAGUACUGAAAAAUCAUACUCAAAUUAAAGUACAAUUACUUGCCUUAAAAUGUAGUGCAAGUAGAGUAAAUGUUCUUAAUAUUACUUAAAGUAUGAGUAAAAAGAAGACAUUUCAAAAGUACUCAAGAGUAGUGAGAAGUGAAUAUUAUGCUGUUAAAGUCUGAUGUGUUUACAUGUAAUUUGUGCAUGUUUGUGUAAACGUAACAUUCUGUAGUGCAUCUAGUUAUUGCCUAGCAAGCACACAAUGUCAUAAGACAUAAAUAUUGGGUUAGAUUUAGGUCGUGAUGUCAGGUGACCAAAUUACGUUGAUAUUUGGUAAAUUUUAGGUUGUUAGAAAGUGACCAAAAUCCAACAUCAAGCCAACAUAUUAAACCAACAUCAUGUUGAAGUCAAAUACUGCCAUUUAUUUGUCAGGUAUGGCAACCAAAAUCCAAUGUCUGAUAGACGUCAUAGUGGUAAGGUUCACGCAUUGUCAAGCUGUAACAUUAUUAGACGAUGAUAUUUGGUUGGUUUUAGGUUGGACAUUGACGUCGACCUGACAUUGAGAUCUGAUGUCAAACCGAUUUUUAUUUCCAAACAAAAUGCAACAACCCCAUGACAAUAGAGUACAAUGUCAAUCUGAUGUCAUGUUGACGUCUUGUGCCAGCUGGGUGUUUAAGGCCACAGCUGGUCAUGAUACAGUAAACAUUCGUCGUCUUCUCAUCAGUGACAUGCAUCUAAACAGUCUCUAGGUCAAUACGUGUAAAAAUUUUGGACAUCUUCUGGGACACUUUUAAUGCUUGCAAACAGUUUGCUACAUUUAUAAUGCACACAUGUCUUGAGGUAGUUCAGUAUGAUGCGAUUUACCUUCUAUGUGUGAUUUGAUUGGACAGGAAUCACAGGACGAAUUUUUCUAAUCCCCAUAGACAAGAAAAAAUAAAGUAGUGACUGCAGGUUGAAGGAAAAUAGUGGAGCAAAAGUACCGAUACAGCAUUCAAGGCAAAGAAAAAGUACACAUUUUUAAAACUGGCAAAUUACAAUUCCCGAGAAAAACUACUCAAUUACAGUAAUUCAAGUAUUUGUAAUUAGUUACUUUACACAACUGUUGUUUACUCACCCUUCACUUGUUCCAAACUUGUUUGAGUUUCAUUCUUCUGUUGAACACAAAAAGUAGAUAUUUUAAAGAAAGCCUGUAACCUGUAACCAUUGACUUUGUAUUUGUUUUUUCUAUGGAUGUCAAUUACAGGUGUUCAGCUUUCCUCAAAAUACCUUAUUUUAUGAUCAACAGAAGAAAGAAACACAUAAAGGUUUAUAAUUCUUUGAGGGUGAGUAAAUAGUGAGUAAAUUUUAUUUUUUGGGUGAACUAUCAUUUUAAACAACCAAAGUAUUGGGACAAGUAAACAAGAACAUGGUCACCCUUGAAUUAACUGCUUGAGGCAAUGCAAAUGGCCACUGAGUGAACAGACUUUCCUUAAAAGGAACUUCCAUUCAAAAGAACUGAAACAAAAAAAUAUAUUGAAUAAUAGAUGUGUACUGCAAAUAAUCAUUUACAUAGUGAAAAACGGAGUGAGAGCGAGGUACUUUGGCUUUGUGUUUUAUUUUUAUGUGUCAUGAACAUAACAUUGUGCUUGGUAUUUUAGUGUGACAUUGGUAGAAAUAUCUGUGGCCAAAGUUCUUUUGAGAUCACUGUGUUUUGCUCCUUCAAAUUAUUUCCUCAUAUUUUUUCAUACAGUAAUAAUAUUUAUUAUUGAUGCAGAAAGACUUGUUUUGAGUUUUUGGAAUUUUUUUCUGGUCUCCUAAAAGUCUUUGUUAAUUCUGAUAAUAUUCAAUUUAUGAUUUCUGAGAAGAAUACAUUCUCUAAUUGAAUGUAAAUAAUGGAAGUAACUACCAUAAUUCACAUAAAGCAUCAUUGGGUAUAGAAAAAGGUGGAUACAUAUUAAUAAACAGUAUAUUAACAUUUCAUAAGUCAAGUACAAUUUAAUAAACAGUUAAAAGCUGCUUGGUGGAUUUGAUCUCUCGCGACACUUUUGAUGGUUUUAUAGUGUUGAAUGGGGACAUGCUGUAGAUUUAUACAAGAUAAUAUAUUAGAGGGCGGGUAUUUCUUUAUAGGGUUUUUUCAACAAUUUGCAUAGUUUGUUUACAAAAUUACACUGGUUUUGCAUGUGGCUUCACUUUAAGACCACAGCCAAACUGGUUAUUAAAUGGUGUAUUUCAUGUUAUCAUUAAUGGUAAAUUUUACCAAUGAGAUCAUUUCACCUUCUACAGUAAAAUAGAUUAUAGUUGUAAUUAAUUGAUAAAUAAUUUCAAUCUUUUUGUGUAAAUACAGUUUGAGGUCUAAUGUCUGAAUGUACCAUGAAUG